AUGCUUAAACGAAUAAAAGCUCAAGUGACGCAAGUGGCGAAUGAGUUGCCCGAUCUUUUGAAUAAUUCUGGACGAGAGGCGAGUAACGGCAAGAAUUCUGCAGGUGAAAUGCCGGGUGAAUGUGAGGGUUUUCUUUGUCCAAUGUGUAUGACUCCAUUCCCAUCACCUGACGAUUUGAGUUUACAUUUUGAGAGAGCUCACACCUCGGACACUAUGCAACCGGUUACUUCACUGGAAAAUCCGAAUUUUCUGACUACCGACGAUGUGUUGAUAAAUCGAAGAGCUUCAACCACCUCAUCAACCAUUGGCUUCUCAACAAAAGAAGAAGAGAUUCAAGAGUUGAAACAUCAGUUAAAAGACGAGAAAUGGUUCUCAGCGGAGUUGAAAAAGGAACUUGAUCGAAUACAAAGCAUUUUUGCUCAAUCGCAAGACGUUCCGAAAGAAGAAGUGCCAUAUUUGAUGCAACAGAUACAAAUGUUGGAAGCGGGGAAAAGUAUGGUCACUCAACGAAUGCUUGAAUUCGAGAAAGAAGGAAAUCAGUACAAGCGGCAACUCGAGUACACUGUUCAAGAAAAGAAAGAGAUAUGGGAACGAUUGAAGACACUCACCGAGAAAAUCCGGCAACUCACUGAAGAAAACGAAGAGAAAAAGACAGAGAAUGCGGUGAUGUGCGAAGAGCUUUUGCGGGUGAAAGGAGCGAUGGCCGAUUUGGAAAAGGAAUUGGACAAGUUGAGUCAGACACUCGAUGAGAGACCCUCUGAAGACGAUGUGACUGUGCUGAGGAAAGAAUUGGUGCGCGCACAACAGUUAAUGGAUGAGAUCAGUCUACAUAAAGAUGGAGAAAUGAGACAACACUUGGAUCAACUACGAGAAUUGAGCACGGAAAGGGAAAAGUUGAAAUUCGUCGUCAACGAGUUGCAGCGACAGAUCAACGAUUCGGGAGAGCAGAGCUCGAAAAAAUCCGAAGAAAGUUUUCAAUUCAAAGCCCAGCUCGAUUCAUCGAUGAUCGAAUUGGAAAAUCACAAGCAAAAAGCCGCAAAUCUCACAACAGAGCUUGAGGGGACGAUUCAACUUUUGGCGGAGGCGGAGAAACGAAGCAUUUCAAUUGCGAAAGAGUUAGAAGAAUCGAGGAAACGAGUUGAUGAGCUGGAAAUCGAUUUAACGGCUAGUGGGAAAAGCGCUGAUGAUUUCAACGAAUCAAAUAAAACAAGCAGAAAGAAGAUACAAGAAUUGAAAGAGGAAUUGAAAAAGCUUGAACAAGUCAACAAAAAUCUCGUCAUCGACGUGACAACUUUGAGCGGAAAAUUGGAGAAUGAGAAACGAGGGAAUCAAGAAAAAAAUGAACAAAUCAACAAUCAACACCAGAAAAUCUCGGAAUUGAGUGAUCAAGUGAUCGAUUUGCAGAAAGAAUUGUGUAAGAAAGAUGGCAUUAUUGACGUAAAGGUGGCCAUCAUUGAGACACAAACGCGAGAAAUUGGCACACUAAAGGAAAACGCGAGUGAUCUUUUGUCAAAGAUCUCUGAGGGUGAAGGUGGGGCAAAAGUGGCGAUCGAUCAACUCAACGAAGAGAAGAAACGAUUGCUGGAGGAUAUGAAAAUGAUAGGUGAUCUGCAAAAAGAGCAAAAAGCCGAGCUGGAGGAGAAGAUUUUCACGUUGGAGAAAGAGUCGAGAGAGAAAGAGAAAGAAAAAGCUCAACUCGAGAUGCAGAAAACUUUGAUGGAAAACGAUUUGAAACAAAAGUUGUCAAUUGCUGAAGAAGAGAUUAUCAGAAAGGCUGAGUGUUUUGUCGAAAUGGAACGAGAUCGAGAUGAUGAGAGGAAAAAGACGGGAGAGCAUUUUAAACAAAUCAAAGCUUUGUGUGCGGAGAAAGAGCUGAAGAUUGAAGAAAAUGUUCAAAAAAAUGAAGAAUUGAGUAAAGAAAUCGGAAUUUUGAUGGACGAUUUGAGGGAAAAGGAGAAGGCGCUGAAUGAUUCGAGAUCACAAGUGAAGCAGAGCUUGGAGACAUUGAAAGCAGCGGAGGAGAAAGCGAGGAAAUUGGAAGAAGAACUUUCUCAAAUGGAGUCUGAUCGUUUCUCUAUACAGCAAAACGAAAGCGAACACGUGCGACAAAAUGAGCAACUUCAGAAACAGUUGAUGGAAAAUGGAGAAAAGAAUUUAAAGCUAGCAAAUGAGUUGAUCGGGUUGAAAGAGGAGAGUGAAAGGAAACAGGAAGCGAUCGCAGAGAUGACCACGGAGAGCACGAAAAAUCGAGAACAACUCAAGAAUGCAUUGGAUAAAGUUCAGCUACUUGAAGACUCUCUAAUGCAAACGCAGAAAGAUUGCUCGUCAUCAAAGGAUAUUGAAAUGGAGUUGAUUCGUCGUAAUGAUGAGCUACAAAAGGAAUUCUCAAUGUACAAAGAAAAAGCGGCUAAGCUUUCCGAGGAGAUACGCGAGAAAAGCGAUUACUUGACGAGUUAUGAAGCAGAAGUCGAAGAGAUCAGAAAACAUUCAGCGAAUAAGGUUGCUUUACUUGAAGAGCAAAUUGAGGAGAAUCUGGCAAUGAAUGAUGAGUUGACACUCGUCACGAAAGAACUCACCGAAAGAAAUGAGAAGUUGCAGAAAGAGAAAUCCGGGAUUGAGACAAAACUUUCUCUGGAACUUCAAACCGUUGAAGAGCUUAUGGCAAAAGUCGAUCAAAAUGAGCAAAAUCUCUCAACGACAAGAGACGAAUUACAAAAGAGGACAAAAAGUGAGGCAUCGUUGAAGCAACAAUUGGAAUCGUUACAAUCGAUUUACGAGCAAUUGAAUGGGCAAUUGAUUCAAGAGCGAAACGACUACACAAAGACGUUGAGCACAAAGCAAGAAGAAAUUAUCACUCUUCAACACCAAUUGGAUGAAGUGCAAGAGAACUUGUUGAAGCAAUACGAUAAAGCUGGAGAAGAGGCUACGAUAUGUCAUCGAAAGAUCGAAAGUCUUCAAUCCGAGAUUGGAUUGAAAGAGUCGCAAAUCGUUGAAGUGAAGGGAAAGCUGAAUGAUGCGAAUUCGAAAAAUGAAGAGUUGAAUAAACUGAUCAACUCGUGGGAAGAUGAGAAGAAAGCGCUCAUUGAAAGAUGCUUAAAUACGGAAUCCGAUUUGGAUUUUGAACGAGAGCGGGCAACUGAGAAUAAGAAACGAUUCGAUGAUGCGUUGAGCGCAAUGCACGAGUUGGGAAGAGCCAAUCAAUCAUUACAAAUGGAUAUGUCGAAGCAAAGCUCACGGAAAUGGCUAGACGAUAGUGAGGCGGUGAAUUGCACGGCUUGUGGGAAAGUCUUCUCAUUAACUGUUAGAAAGCAUCAUUGUCGUGUUUGCGGUUUAAUCUUUUGCUCAACAUGCUCAAGUCACGCAGUAAAGUUGGCAAGUCACAAGAGUCCGGUGCGCUCGUGUGAGCCAUGUUUCCAAGAGGUAGUUCGAAAGAGUUUCGUGAUGAAAUGCUUUAUCAACAAGGACUCAUCUUGGAGAACAGAGGUGAUUGGAUGUCAGAGUCCGUUGGGAGUCGAGAUCCCACCAGAGGGAUUCGUCAAAGAGAACGGAAUGAAAUACUCGUGUCUUCGCGGGGUAAACGGUCAUUUAUCGUAUCAUAGUGAGAUGGAUCCGAUCACUUUUUGCGAUGGUCAUCAAUUGGGCGACACGUGGAUUGUGAAUAAAAACUUUAAUCGUUCUUGCACGACGAAAGGUUCAUUUAUCUUGAAUUGUAUGACGGAUUCGGGAACGAGAAUCGAAUUGAACGGACAAUUAACAGAGCAGGGGACAGUCUACAAAUGUACUCAAGAUGCGACGGGAGCCAUCUUCUUGCAUCGAGCUCCAUCCUCGAACGCUCCCAAACACCACCCAUUUAAAGCUUUCCUCUUCAAAGAGACUUCCAUGCAACCAACAACCACAACAAUGCCUGCUUCAACGACUGAAGUGACAACAACUGAAGUGACAACAACUGUUGUGGCAACUGAUCCCGAGUUAACCACUUUUGAUCCAUCUGAUCCGGCUGAGGCCAUCUUCACUCAAGCUCCAGCCACCGAAGCUGAGACAACUCCAAUGGCCGAUGAACAACCAACUCUCUUUCCACAAGUGACACAAAUCCAUCCCACUGAGCCAGGACCAGCUCCACCCGUUUCUUUACCCGUUUUCGAUUCGAAUGAUCUCUCUUCAAUGCCUCAUCCACCAUCGAUUCGACCCAACAAACCGGAGGAUGAAGGGCCAGCUGCUCCACCAGCCAGUCCACAAGAACUAGCGGCUAACGAGGCUUGGAGUGAGAUGUACGGUGCUGUGCCUGUUGGUGAGGAUGGACACCCCGGACAAAGCGGUCAGCCUGGACAAGCUGGACAUGGCCAACAAAGCACCGGUGGUGGCGGUUGCCAGACUUGCCCCGCUGGACCACCUGGACCCCGUGGACGCCCUGGACCCGCUGGACCUGGAGGCCCUGAUGGACACCCUGGACAACCUGGAAGCCGCUCUUAUGGAGGACCACGGCCUGGACCCCCUGGCCCACCUGGAGAUGCUGGAAGACCUGGACAACCUGGACAUCCUGGAGGACCUGGGCAAGCUGGUCAACCCGGAAAACGAUAUGUCUCGCAGCCUGGACACCCUGGACCCCGUGGACCACCUGGACCAUCUGGAGGACCGGGACAACCUGGACGUGCUCAGCCUGGACAACGUGGACCCCCAGGACCUGCUGGACAAGCUGGACACCCAGGACAACCCGGUGGAGACGGACAGCCAGGAGGCCCCGGCAGCGACGGACAACCCGGCAAGGAUGCCGCCUACUGUCCAUGUUCUCCAAUUGUUCCACUCAACGCUGAUGACACUUGUCCAUUUCCGAAUGGAUCUGAGACAAAAAUGCACACAUUUGAAUGUGCCACUGGUAUGCAAAUCACCGUCUCUGACAUCAAUGUGACUGAUGUGAAUGGGAAACCGAUGUACCCGAUGGACCCAAAGCAAACGAUGGUUCUCGACUUGAUCUCCUACAAUCACGGAGAGCAGAUCACUGACAAUAAAGUCGACGUCGGCAUUUACUCGUACUCGAAAUCGUGGGCCACAAACACUUGCAACUGGACGGCUAUUCCAACACUCGGAUUGCUCAACAACAUUGAUGGAUGCGAUUUCGCGAAGAAUUGUCCGCUAGCCUCGGGUCCACUUCAGUUGAAAAUCCCGCUUGAUCUCUCGCAGUUCUCUUCAAUCAUCAACAUGUUGGCCGCAAACCGACCCUAUCAACUUAACAUCGCGAUGAAAAACUACAACGAGGGAAACAAACAACACGAGCAAAUCGCUUGCGUCGUCGCACAGAUUCAUCUCAUU